GCAGCCCGUCGGAGACCGCGACUCUGCAGUACCGUUAUACCCGCGGGGACUUCGUUGCCGGCCGGUUCUCCUCAGAGGAAAGCGGAGACCUGAAACAUGUUUCUCAGCCGCCUGCCUGUCGUGUUUCUCCUGGCGGCUGUCGCCAAAGGAAUGACAGAGUUUAAUGUCACCCCUGACGUGGGAUUAAUCAGUGAGACAUCCACCACUCCCGCAACGUCUUCCAAGGCUGUAACAGCAAGAUCAAAUUCAAGCAACAAAAACGCAACCAGCGGUUUUACAACUUCACCACCAUUCACCACAGAGCGCUCCACAGCUUCAACUACAACUAGAGAAAAUGCCAGGACAGAAUCUACAACUGUGGAACCAUCCAUCACCAAUGUAGAAACGACCUUCUCCCAUCCAAGCACCGAAUCCAGGACCUCUACAGAAACAGUCAGCAGCACCAUGACUGACACCAGUAACUUCCCCACUGAAAGCCCAACUCAGUCUACAUCAGCGCCAUACAGUGCUAGAACGCUGCCCGCUACAAGCCCAGAGACAAGUCAUCCCAACAGCGCUAGUGAGACUACAAAUACAACCACUACACCUGCUUGGAAUCACAGAUCAACUACAACUACACCGAUCACACACACUGGCAACGGCACAACUACAAUUACACCGAUCACACACACCGGCAACGGCACAACGAGAACUACACCGAUCACACAUACCGGCAACAGCACAACCACAACUAUACCGAUCACACAAACAAGCAAUGACACGACUACAACUACACCAAUCACACAAACAAGCAAUGACACGACUACAACUACACCGAUCACACACACCGGCAACGGCACAACUAUACUGAUCACACACACUGGCAAUGGCACAACUACAACUACACCGAUCACACACACCGGCAACGGCACAACUACACCGAUCACACACAUCGGCAACGGCACGACUACACCGAUCACACACACCGGCAACGGCACGACUACGACUACACCGAUCACACACACCGGCAACGGCACGACUACACCGAUCACUCACACCGGCAACGGCACAACUACAACUACACCGAUCACACACACCGGCAACGGCACAACUACAACUACACUGAUCACACACACCGGCAACGGCACAACUACAACUACACCGAUCACACACCGCAACGACACGACUACAACUACACCGAUCACACACACCGGCAACGGCACGACUACACCGAUCACACACACCGGCAACGGCACAACUACAACUACACCGAUGACACACACUAGCAAUGACACAACAGCUCCGACUGCAACCACGCAAACCAGCAACAGCACAACAACUGCAAGUCCAGUAAUACCAGGACACUCUACCGCUGUACUAACUACAACUACAACUACACACUCUACUAACACCUCUCAUGAAACUCCCGCAUCCACUAUCGCUGCCUCGUCCUCCACCAUCAGCACAAACACAACACUAACAGCUGGACCCUCACCCUCCUCACCUACUUCCAACUCCACCUCCAGCUCUGUCCCUCCAAACACCUCCCCAGGCAGUAGCACCGCAACCCCCACUGGAAAUACCACUACCCUUAGUCCCUCAACAACAACCCCAGGAGUGACUGGGCACACUACAGAAAUCACCAUUUUGACUCAUUCAACUGAACCGGCUAGUGGCAUUACAACAGCCUCACCCACCACCACCACCACCACCACCAACAGCAGUACUGGUACCACCAUCACUGUCACCAACCUGCGGCCAACAGAGAUCACCAUCCCAAGCUCCACCACAGCAGGCCCACAAACCACCACCAACAAUACUGGUACCACCAUCACUGUCACCACCCUGCGGCCAACAGAGAUCCCCAGCCACAGCUCCACCACAGCAGCCCCACCCACCACCACCAACAGUACUGGUACCACCAUCACUGUCACCACCCUGCGGCCAACAGAGAUCCCCACCCACAGCUCCACAGCAGUGACACCCAUCCCUACCCCGAGUCCAGUCAUUGUGUGUCCUUCCGACCCGUGCCCACUUGAAAGCGUCUGUCUUAACGGCACCUGUCAGUGUCUCUCUGGUACCUUCCUGCUGAACGGCCGCUGCAUACCCGCCCAAGUUUUCCCAGGCCAGCUUCAUUUCAUGUCCUUGACAUUUCAAACUGAAAUGAGCAACAGGUCCUCGCCAAUAUUCCAGGCAAUGGCGGCCAACAUCGCAGCAGCGCUCAGAGAUGCCCUCAAAAACCAGCCGGGAUAUAUACGAUCCGAUGUUGUGCAACUUCAACCAGGAAGUAUUCUAGCAACUGUGAAUAACAUCUUUGAAAACACCAGCGCCACUCAAGAGUCUGUUGAUCAGUCCAUCACUGAGGCUAUAGCCAACUCAGCAAGCUCCGGUGGACUUUUGACUAAUGUUACUUUCACACGUACAGACUUGUGUGAGCAGGAGCCAUUGCCUUGUGAUGUCUCCACUGCAACGUGCAGAUACACAAAUGGCCAGGCUUUCUGUUUCUGUAAAGAGGGCUACAUCUCCACCGUGUACUCAAACACCAGCUGCAGAGCAUGCCCAAGUGGACAGAGGGCAGUGGGAAACACGUGCCAACCGUGUGCAUUUGGAUACGCUGGCUUUAACUGCAAUGACUCGGCUCUGCUUGCAGUGGUGGUCAUCUCCUGUGUACUAGGAGGAGUUCUUCUCAUCCUGAUCCUGGCUUUGCUCAUAUACUGUUGCUGGAGCAGAUGCUCAAACAGCCAGCCAGACUACAGCAGCAGUCCGUACUCAUCAGGUGACUCAAACCAGCCCUGGCCCACAGGCGUCACCCCCAUCCCUCGUGCCUCCACUAACUGGGAUGCAGCUCCUUCCAUGGAGAUGACAGAGGGGGGCAGCACUCGAGUCUUGGUGGACAGAAAGCAUGAAACCAACGGAUUGGGGUUUCAGCCGAAGUUUAAAGGAUGGAAAAAGUCGGGAUCAUACGAUCUCAACCCAGAGGGGAUGAGGACCUUCAAAGGUAGAAAUCCCUCCCGUUACUCCUACCUGGUUCAAGGCCACGAGAACCCCUACUUCUUACCAGGAGAUGAGAGGAAAAACUGAGAAACAUCUGGCCAGCUGGGGGUGAAAUCCAUGUAGUGAGAGUGAGUGAGAAAGACUGGAUGAAAACUCACUGAGUUACUGAUUUGAAACUGUGGGACUACAGGAAAACUCCCCAGCAGGACCAGCUUAUUUAUACAUUUUGAACAUUUCUCAACCAGGAAACACCCACCAAAGAGAUUCAUUCAUGAGCAAGAACAUUUGAACAAUUCUGUGAAAAUGAGAUUGUGUGCAUCAUGUCAGUUCUUGCUGAUUAUAACCAGUAGAUGUCACUGUUGCUCAACAUGAACUUGUUUUUUUAAAAGUUACAUUUGACUUUUUUAUGCUUUAAAGAAAUCCUUCUGCAGUCUUUUAAAAUGAAGCUUCUCACGAUGCUAAUUGCACUAAAGUGUGUGUUAAGUUUACCACCAGUUUUCCUCUGAAAUCAGCGGUAAACUGCAUGUGGGCUUUCUGGGGCUACUAGAUAUUUUUCUUAUGGGUAUGAUUAUUUUUAAGAAAAUAAAUCUUGAAUGACUAAAGGGGCUGGAUCCCUGGUUCGGUGUAUUUUUAAAGGGAUUUAUAUUGUAGCUGUCUAAAGCUGAGUACUCUGUAUUUGUUGAAGCUGCACUUGCAAACUGUGCCUGUUUUAACGGUCUGUUUGACAUAUAGGAAACAUUAUGCAGAGCUGCUGAUUAAGCCUGCCUCCUGGACGUGCCAACUAUCACUUGUACACAUUUCUUCUCAAAACACACAAAAUAUAUACACACACACACACACACACAUAUAUAUAUAUGUAUAUGUGUGUGUAUAUAUAUUUAUCCCUGUGUGUCUGGGACGGUGCACUAAUUUAUAAGUGUGUCUAGUUUUUGUAAAUAAUUGAAGAUCUGUUGGCAGAGAAUGUGUG